GGGGCAGAGGGGGAGAGGAGGCCGCCACUAGCAACUAACCUCAGCUUCCUAAACUCAACAGAAAGGUUUGUAGUACGAGGGAGUGAGGACCCCGAGUCCACCAGCUCAACCCCGGCCCCGCCCCGUCGGCCUGGCCCGGGGCUGGGAGGAGAGGAUGCCUUUGGAGGCGCAGAAUCCGAAACCUGAAAAUUAUUAUUCGUGACAGAAGGACAAAAAAAGAAGUAAAAUGGAAGAUAUGGAUCAACUCAUAAACAACUUGGAGGUCCAACUUAAUUCAGAAGGUGGCUCAAUGCAUAUAUUCAAACAGGUCACUGGCCCUGUUAAAAUUAGAGAUUCCCUUAAGGCAGCAGACAGAGGUAAUAUGACAUCUCCACCACUCCUGGAUGCCAACCCCAUGGAGAACCCAGCACUGUUAAAUGACAUCAAGAUUGAGCCCCCAGAAGAACUUCUGGCUAAUGAUUUCAACCUGCCCCAGGUGGAACCAGUUGACCUCUCCUUUCACAAGCCAAAGUCUCCUCUUCAGCCUGCCAGUAUGCUGCAAGCUCCAAUACGUCCUCCCAAGCCACAGUCUGCUUCCCAGACUCUUGUAGUAUCCACUUCAACAUCAGACACAGCCACUUCAGCAAAUAUCCCUACUGUUCUGACUCCAGGCUCUAUCCUGGCCUCCUCUCAGGGCACUGGUGGCCAGCAGAUCUUACAUGUGAUUCACACCAUCCCCUCAGUCAAUCUGUCAAAUAAGAUGGGUAGCCUGAAGGCCAUCCCAGUGGUGGUGCAGUCGCUGCCCAUGGUGUAUACUACUUUGCCUGCAGAUGGGAGCCCUGCAGCCAUUACAGUCCCACUCAUUGGAGGAGAUGGCAAAAAUGCUGGAUCAGUGAAAGUUGACCCCACCUCCAUGUCUCCACUGGAGAUCCCAAGUGACAGUGAGGAGAGUACAAUUGAGAGUGGAUCCUCAGCCUUACAGGAUAUUCAGGUACAAGAACCAGCAGCAAUGAGCCAAAUGCAGGGAGAAGAGUCCCUUGACUUGAAGAGAAGACGGAUUCACCAGUGUGACUUUGCGGGAUGCAGCAAAGUGUACACCAAAAGCUCUCACCUGAAAGCCCACCGAAGAAUCCAUACAGGAGAGAAGCCUUAUAAAUGCACCUGGGAUGGAUGCUCCUGGAAAUUUGCUCGCUCGGAUGAGCUAACCCGCCAUUUCCGCAAGCACACAGGCAUCAAGCCUUUCCGGUGCACAGACUGCAAUCGUAGCUUUUCUCGCUCUGACCACCUGUCUCUGCACCGCCGGCGCCAUGACACCAUGUGAGCGGCACAGACUGCACUAGAAGAGCUGCACUGGUCUCUUUCUUGUGUGUGUAUGUGUGUGUGUGUGUGUGUGUGUGUGUGUGCGUGCGCGUGCGCGUGUGCGUGCAAUGGGGUCAUGACCAUCUUUUCCUCUUUGACUCAGCUUGCCUCUGGGAUGGGAUUGGAACAGUUCACUGAGCCAGGCUGACGAAACUGGAGGAAAAGAUAGCUGAUCUUCCAUGGGGACUCUUUAUAUUCCACCUUCAUUUCUCCACUGACUAGUCCCCAGUUUUUUCAACCUCCGCAUGGGUUGAAUUCCAGUGCGGCACCCAUGGUUGCCCCCCUCCCGUCCCUGUUAUGAGAUAGGACAUUUUUCCUACAAUAAGAAAACAGGAAUCAAAUUCAAGGCUGUGAA